AUGGGCUGGGGUGGAGCCUCAUCCUUGUCAAGUGUUGUAGGAAUAUUCUUCUUUACUGGGCCAUUGCUCCUUCUACUCUCGACAAUAUUCGAGUGGAUAAUUGGCAACUUUUUUAACAUGAUGCUUUGCGGUUUCUUUUGCGUGUUUUGGUCCUCUCUUGGCAUCCUUCAAUUGCCAACUGCCGAUAUUGCAUCAUCAUAUUCACCAACUGGCAAUGCUCUUGAUGGUGCAUUGACAGCCGACUAUAAUGCCGGUAUCGCUCUAUACAUCUCGGUAUUAGGAUUCGCAGUUUUUACCAUUUUCCUUGUGACUCUCAGAACGAACGCUGUGCUCGCAGUCCUCUUUGUCAAUGCAACGGCUGGACUCUUCACCCUCUCCGCAUCUUAUUGGAGAGCUAGCGUCGGACACCUCCCUACCGCUUUGCACCUCAAACAUGUACGCACAGCAUAUGUCUUUGUUUACCGUCAGCUAAUAAUAUAUUUCUAG